AAUCUGUCCAACAACCAUCUAACAGGUACAUUGCCUUCUUCACUUAGAAAUCUCACUCAAUUACGGAUGCUUGACGUAUCUUUCAAUUAUAUAAACUCCAUCUCCCCAAAAUUUAGGGAUUGGAAGAAUCUUGUUUCUUUGAACUUGACUUGGAACAACCUCAAUGCAUCCAUUGCUCCAAUUAUAGGCCUUGCCACCAAUCUUUCCCACUUGGAGUUGGCCUCAAAUACUUUUAAUCGUAGUAUCCCUCCAGAAAUAUGGAACUUGAAGAGUCUUGUAGCCUUAGACAUGAGUGAUUGCUCCCUCAAUGGUCCAAUCUCUUCCAACAUCAGUCAUUUAACCAAUCUGGUUUCUUUGUCUCUUGCAAACAAUCAAAUCAAUGGAUCCAUACCUUCAGAAAUAUGGAACUUGAAGAGUCUUGUAGCCUUAGACAUGAGUUAUUGCUCCCUCAAUGGUCCAAUCUCUUCCAACAUCAGUCAUUUAACCAAUCUGGUUUCUUUGUCUCUUGCAUACACUCAAAUCAAUGGAUCCAUACCUUCAGAAAUAUGGAACUUGAAGAGUCUUGUAGCCUUAGACAUGAGCGAUUGCUCCCUCAAUGGUCCAAUCUCUUCCAAGAUCAGUCAUUUAACCAAUCUGGUUUCUUUGUCUCUUGCAUACAAUCAAAUCAAUGGAUCCAUACCUUCAGAAAUGGGAAAUUUAAAGAAUUUGGUUUCUUUGGAUCUAUCUGAAAACUUGUUUGUGGGUCUAAUACCAUCCCGUCUUGGACAAUUAACCAGUUUGACAUUUCUAGAUCUCAGUUUCAAUUCGUUUAGUGGCUCCAUCCCCCCAGAAUUUGGGAAAUUGACGAAUCUCACUGAUCUCCACAUGAGUCACUGCGGGCUUGUUGGUCCGCUACCUCCAACUUUGGGUCACUUGACAAAUUUGAAAUACUUGUUUCUUUCUGGGAAUCAAAUCAAUGGCUCCAUCACUUCGGAACUGACAAACCUUAAGAACUUGAUUGGUUUGCAUCUUGUGCAAAACAGUUUAGGGGGCACAAUCCCAUCAUCUUUGAUUCUCUUGUCUAAUUUGAGGACCCUGGACCUAGGAACAAAUUCUUUUGAGGGCUCCAUCCCACCAAACAUAGGAGAUCUAAGUAAUUUGGAAAUUCUGAAUCUUGGUGCAAUAACAAAAUAACUGGUCAUAUCCCUUCAUCUCUGUCUCAUUUGUCCAAUUUGCUGAGUUUGUAUCUUUAUGAAAACAAUUUAACAGGUCAAAUCCCUCCAUCUUUGGGUCUCUUGUCCAAUUUGUCAGUUUUGUAUCUUGAUUCAAAUAACUUGGAUGGUUCUAU